GCUUUGAGGUUAGGUAUCGAUCAGUGCGCCGCUCGACAGCAACCAAGGAUGUGAGAGUUUUCAUCCUGGACGAUUGUCCCUUCGCUGACUCGCGAGAGAGUUUGGCCUCGUUCCUUCGUUUGGCCUCGUUCCUUCGUUUCUCCAUAUUAAAAUGACGUGCUGAUUCCGAAACAUGGCGCAUUCUAUCCUCGACGCUUUGACAGAUGUCUCACUAGACGGCUCCUCUGUACAAUCCUUGUUGGAGUCACAGACCUUGAUAGCCGAGGUUGAGCAGUCAGCGAUCGAUCAGGAUGAGGAAGACAUAUUCCAAUGUGGCAAGUGCAAGAGCCAGUUUACGUCACUGCAGAUGUUUGUGCUUCACAAGAGAACGCACCAAAAGACGCAGGAGCAGACAGUGGACCUGACUCAAUUCCUGACAAACGAUGAAAGUCACGUAAUGCAUGUGGAAGAUGCUACUCCAGAUGAUUCACAGUAUAAUUCGCAGGAAACCUUUCAGCUUGGAGAACCUAUUAUUCUUGAAGAAGCAGAUAUGCUAUUUAGUGUGGACCAAGAGGCUGCCAAUUACUUCACAACAGAUUCUACAUUCAGUGUGCCAAUCAUCUUAAGCACAGAAAGUCUGAAUCCUUUUGCUGAGACGACGAGGGAUGAUUCGAACGAGGUGCCGACAAUACAACUGCAAAACGACGUCAGCCCGCAGGAAGGAGCCUCGAGCCAGUCCGAACAUCCUAACGCUUUGUUGGAUAACGAGCCAUCGAUGGCAGAUGAAUCGCUUGUAGCAGAUGAACCGCUUGUGGCAGAUGAACCACCCUUAGAUGGCAAUGAACCCUCCAUUGAGGACAACGAAGUAUCGUUCCAGGAUAAUUUGCCCGAUGAAGUAGAAAACGACAUUAGUCAAACACAGAACUUAAAAUAUAAGUGUAGCUAUUGCAACAAGCAAUUUGCGAAGAAAUUCUAUUGGCAACAGCACGAACGUUCUCACACUGGAGAGAAACCUUACCAAUGUGUAGUGUGUGGUCGUGCAUUUGCACAGAAGUCAAAUGUGAAGAAACAUAUGUCUUCGCACAAAGUCUGGCCUGGCACUGCCAUUCACUCGUUACCACCAGAGGCGCCUCCAGAUGGAAGUAUCGACCGCACAUAUCACUGCCAAUUCUGCAAGGAAACAUUCGAUUCAUACAAAGCUCUGAAAGGUCAUCUCAUCGUCUCACAUCUAGCGCUGAAAGUAUACAAAUGUGUGCAGAGCAGCUGCAGCAUGAUGUUCUCGGAGCUGGAAGAGUUUCUGGAGCACACACGUAAUCACAAGUGCUCGGAGUACCGGUGUCAUGUAUGCGGCGAGGUAUUCAGUACCCUCUCGGAUCUUGGUCGUCAUCAGUACGUUCACUCCGUCCAGAAACAGAAGACUACGGAGAAGUAUUAUUGCUGCUCGGUCUGCAAAUCAUCGUUCUCAAAUCUCGAGGCGCUUCAACACCAUCAAGAAACUACUACGCACGACUACGCAUGCCUACACUGCGGCAAAAGCUUCCUCAUCGAGAGAUUUUUACGUCGUCAUCUCAAGACCCACUCGGCAUCGGCGAAAUUCGCCUGCGAGGAUUGCGGCAAGGCUUUCAAAACCGAGCAGUACUUGGCCAAUCAUAAGCUGAUACACAGCGAGGACACACCCUUUUCCUGUCCGUAUUGCCCGGCCAAAUUCAAGCGAAAAGAUCGUUUGGGACGGCACAUGCUGAUUCAUGACCUGACGAAAAGGCUCAAGUGCCCGUUUCGUGGCUAUCUUGGCUGCAUGAGCGAGUUCUCGCGGCCGGAUAAGCUCAAACGGCAUCUGUUGACGCACAGCAAUGUCAAACGAUUCAGUUGCAGCCAUUGUAAUCGCAAUUUCCAUCGGGCGCAGGCUCUCAAGCAUCAUGAAAUGAAUAAGCACAGUCUUAAGUGCGACAUUUGCUCUCAUACUUUUAAGACUAAAGAGCAGCUGGUUACCCAUAAUUGCGAGCAAUUGAGCGAGACUAAGAAACACACAAGCUCACAGCUACCAAAAAAAGCGUCCGGAUCGUUUAAGCCAAGGAAACCAACCCCAAAGAGACAAACAUUAUCAAAGACUGCAGUUCCGCUUGUCGAUAAAGAAAAAUUGGAAAAAAUUAAAGCCGAUGAAGUAGAAAAAAAAAUUGUCUCUGAAACAUCCAAGUCUGACGAUUUCGAUGAAGAAUUUUGCAAGAAAACGGGAAACAUUCUUUCCGUUACAAAGAUCGAACCGACCGGCAGCGAAUUAAACGAGCGAGCCGACUCGCCGGUUAUAAACUUCGAGGAUUUUAAGCACAACAUAGAGCUCUACUCGUCUAACGCAAGCGAGUAGAGAGUUUUGCAAUACAUAUACAUAUAUAUACAUACAUGCGCAUAUAUGUAUAUAUAUAUUUUUUAUUCGUAUUUAUAAAUUGUACAUCAAAUUAGGACGUAGAUAAGUCAUAGCACGUGCAAUGGGAUCAUCGGUGAAGACGUAAGUUGCAUUUUAUAUUCGCGUACGGUAUUUUGUAGUUUACAUAUCUGUGAUAAUUAUAUUAUAAAUGCUCUAUCGAUAUAUAACUUAUAUAUACGCGCACACAUCGAAGAUGUUCGGUGUCGUUAUCACAAUUUCGAUUCUUCUAUCAGAAAACUCGUCGUACAGUCACAGCUAUAGUUAUAAUGAUACUCCGAGUAUCCUUUUGAACGCUUUUGUUCGUUAAAUUUUUUUAACAAUAGAUAUAAGUAUGCGCAUGGUAUCUCAGAAUUAUAACGAAACAUUCAGCGCAGCGCGGCAUCUUUUUAAUUUAUUUGUUAUAAAAUAAAAAAAAAUUUACCAGAUUUUUCACACAAAUAUGUGAAAAAUAUGAAAUAACUUUUAAGAAAGAAUAUCAAUUUUAUGAAAUA